UCACUCCCGUCUCUCGAAGGAACAUAAGCUGGUACCUCCACUUCUUCGCGGGCUUGAAAUUUCUCAUCUUCUCUAGCUCUCUAAAAUUUUUUACGUUAGUCCGCUGUUCACGCUCCGUUCAAUCUCCGUUAACUAAACCAAACGGUCUUAUUCUUGCUGUUUUGAUUUUGAACCUUCACAACGCUGUCGUUUCGAAUACAGAAAUUUUAACAGAAUCUCACCAUCAGCGCUCUGCCGUUACCGGGAAACCAGUCAUUUCUAAUCCCGAUGCACAGAAUCUAAACUAAUGGGCUGUGUUCUCGGCAAGCCCGCCUCCAGGGAUCGCCAGAGUCGUGAAGUAUCCUCCGACCGUGACCGGAGCUCCGAUGAACCACCCGUUGACGUCACCGGAUCCGUUAACGCCGCAGUGAAGGUUAAGAGGGAGAAAGCAACAACAUCAACGCAGAAGCAGAAUGCAGCGCGACAUACCGGCGAUUUCCCGGCUGUGGAUGUCCAGGGGACGACUGAAAGGCGGAGGCCACGGCCAGAAGUUAGUCUGUGCUAUCAGCAAGGGUGGCCAUCGUGGUUAAUGGCGGUUGCCGGUGAUGCCAUCGGCGAAUGGACUCCUCGCCGAGCUAACACAUUCGAGAAGCUUGACAAGAUUGGGCAAGGGACAUAUAGCAAUGUGUAUAAAGCAAGGGAUUUAAUAACAGGAAAGAUAGUGGCUUUAAAGAAAGUGAGGUUUGAUAAUUUGGAGCCAGAGAGUGUUAAAUUUAUGGCAAGAGAGAUUCUUGUUUUAAGAAGAUUAGACCAUCCAAAUGUUCUUAAGCUUGAAGGUUUGGUCACUUCAAGAAUGUCAUGUAGUCUUUACUUGGUUUUUGAGUACAUGGAACAUGAUCUUGCCGGGCUGGCGGCACGCCGAGGCGUCAAGUUCACUGAACCUCAGAUAAAGUGCUACAUGAAGCAGUUGUUAUCCGGGAUUGAGCAUUGCCACAACCAUGGUGUUCUGCACCGUGAUAUCAAGGGUUCCAAUCUCCUUAUAGAUAAUGAAGGAAUUCUAAAAAUUGCUGAUUUUGGACUGGCUACUUUCUAUGAUCCUGAUCGCAAGGUUCCUAUGACCAGUCGAGUUGUCACCCUUUGGUACCGCCCCCCUGAACUUCUUCUUGGGGCAACUUAUUAUGGUGCUGGUGUUGACCUCUGGAGUGCCGGCUGCAUUUUGGCAGAGCUGCUUGCUGGGAAGCCAAUAAUGCCUGGACGGACAGAGGUUGAACAACUGCACAAGAUAUUUAAGUUAUGUGGUUCACCAUCUGAGGAAUAUUGGAAGAAAUCCAAAUUGCCAAAUGCAACACUUUUUAAACCACAGCAGCCUUACAAACGAUGUAUAGUAGAAACCUUCAAAGAUUUCCCCACUUCUGCUCUGCCUUUAAUUGAAACUCUUCUUUCGGUAGAUCCUGAUGAUCGAGUCACUGCCACUGCAGCUCUAAAUAGUGAAUUCUUCACCACUGAACCUUAUGCAUGUGAGCCGUCGAGUUUGCCUAAAUAUCCUCCCAGUAAAGAAUUGGAUGUGAAGUUGAGAGAUGAAGAAGCUAGAAGGCAAAGGGGCCUUGGUGGAAAAGGUAAUGCUGUUGAUGGUGCAAGAAAAACAAGAAUUCGUGAUCGGGCUGGUUGGGCAAUCCCAGCUCCAGAGGCCAAUGCAGAGAAUCCAGCAAACCUAGAUAGAUGGAGGGCCAUGACACAAGCAAACGCUAAGAGCAAGAGUGAGAAAUUUCCACCUCCUCAUCAGGAUGCAGCAGUUGGACAUCCUAUGGAUGCAUCACAUAAAGGUGGCCUUGUUUCAUUUGGUACAUCAGAUACUUCCUUCUGUUCAUCAACAUUCGAUUCAAAAUCAUCUUCUAUUAAAAGUGCUGGCGCCAUUGGAGGCCCUUCCAGAAGAAGGAAAACCAAUAAAGAAGAUCCCCAGAUGGCUCCACCACGGAAAUUUAUCCGUCCAUUCAAUCCAUCAUCAGUAGCCCUAUCAAUGAAUCUGCUAUUCAAGGGUAAAUCAGAGGUUUUUGGCAGUAGGAGGUAACAACUAUUAAGAGUUGAAAGUUUUCCUUUCGGAUCAGGUGCUUACUUUUCACUUUAUUUCUUAAAUGCCUUUUGUUUUUGUUCUGCAAUCAUUGCUUCCAUUAAUUGUACCUCAUUGUAUGAAGUGUAUAAUCUACACAGAGGCCAUGGUGAGCCAGUGAGUAAUCCACUCCCUACAUUUCUUGUACAGUUUUUGAAAGCGGGCGCUUUAUAAGUUUAAAGAUUAGACGUCUUCUUCCUCA